GCAUUUUAUUCUUCUAAACAAAACAAAGUUUUAUAAAAAUUUCAACAAAAAAAGAAACAAAAUGUUAACAAAAUUUCUACGUAAAUUAUCUUUUAUAUUUUCGUUAAAUAGCCAUACAUCAAAAUUAAUCACAAAUUGUUGGAGGCGAUGUCCCCAAAUGCCGCGUCACAUACAUAAUUGGAAACGUCAAAUGGAAUUUAACAAUGAGAAACGAAAAAUUAUACCGAGAUUAGUAUAUUUACAUAAUCCCUGGACAUAUUUUUUAACCAAAAUAAUGUUGUACAAAUUUCAAUUAUUUUGGGAUCCAGAAUUUGUGGAAUCGGAAUUCAUAAGAGGAUCAAAACAGGCUGCAGUGGUCUUAACAAACAUUAUACGUGAUCAAAAUGCCCUCAAAAUAAGGCAAUUUACCACUCCCACUGGAUAUCAACAAAUAACGCAAGAUAUGAUGUUAUCACGGAACGAUAUUCGUCUGAAAUUGGUACGAUUUGAAGCAGAACACUUACGUCGAGCCAUACCCAUGAAAGUAACAACAAAACAAAACUAUGAUCGGAGAUAUUGUUUCAUUGAUAUGUUAUUUGUGGGUUUGCGUAAUACCAAGGAUUUUGAUUCAAUUGAGGAGACAGUCGAAAUUAGUGAUAUCUUAAGAAAACUAGACUUGGAUCUUAAAACUCCUUACGAGGUGUUGUCAGUGCCUCAUCGUAUUGUUUUUGCCGAAAUAUUUAUACGUUUUCGCCGUAACUAUUCGGAAAAUCCAGCUGAUGUCGUUGACCCGGAUUGGUCGGUAUCAUUUUAUAAAAUUUUAACAUUUGAUGUGCUCAAUUAUAAUCCCAAACAGUAACUAUUAUAUAAGUGAUCUUGAAUUAAGAGUUAUUAAAUUGUUAGUGAAAAAAAUUGUAUAAAACAAAACAAAAAAAAAGGGUUUUCUAAUAAACCAAAUAUGUAAAAUGUAUCAUUCCAUCAGA